GUCAGACGAAAAGCACGUGCCGUCGUCUUCAUUUCGUUGAAAUUAGAAAAUACCGAAGACGGCGAUUUAAGCUGCUCCAACUGGCGACAUUUCUCUCCUACCCAAGCAUUUCAAUAGUAAUAUCUAAUUGUUCUUCCUACAUUUUUAUUCCCUUUCAAUUGAAGAAUUAGAUCUGAGUUGGUCGAAGCUUCUAGAUCCCUUUUGGUGUAGCAGCCAUGCCUGUGGCAGCUUCAGCUGUAUACUUCCUUAAUCUCCGCGGCGAUGUCCUUAUCAACCGCCUCUACCGUGACGAUGUCGGGGGUAAUAUGGUAGAUGCCUUCCGGAUGCAUAUAAUGCAGACAAAAGAGCUUGGGACAUGUCCUGUCAGGCAGAUUGGAGGCUGCUCUUUCUUCUACAUGAGAAUCAGCAAUGUAUAUAUUGUGAUUGUAGUUAGCAGCAAUGCAAAUGUCGCAUGUGCAUUCAAGUUUGUUGUUGAGGCUGUUGCACUAUUCAAAUCUUAUUUCGGUGGUGCUUUUGAUGAAGAUGCCAUUCGUAAUAACUUUGUUUUAAUCUAUGAGCUUUUGGAUGAGAUAAUGGACUUUGGUUACCCUCAAAAUCUUUCACCUGAAAUCUUGAAGCUCUAUAUUACUCAGGAAGGGGUUCGCUCACCCUUUUCAUCUAAGCAGCCUUUAGAUAAGCCAGUUCCAAAUGCAACAUUACAAGUCACGGGUGCUGUUGGUUGGCGCAGGGAGGGUCUUGUUUAUAAGAAGAAUGAGGUGUUUCUGGAUAUCGUGGAAAGUGUUAAUCUGCUUAUGUCUUCAAAAGGUAGUGUGCUCCGUUGUGAUGUAACUGGGAAAGUUCUCAUGAAAUGCUUCCUUUCUGGAAUGCCUGAUUUGAAGUUGGGGUUAAAUGAUAAAAUUGGCCUUGAGAAAGAGUCACAGCUUAAAUCCCGUCCAACUAAGAGCGGAAAAACUAUUGAGCUCGAUGAUGUUACUUUCCACCAAUGUGUAAAUUUGACAAGAUUCAAUUCAGAAAAGACUGUCAGCUUCGUACCACCAGAUGGUGAAUUUGAACUGAUGAAGUACCGGAUUACUGAAGGAGUAAAUCUUCCUUUCCGCGUAUUGCCUACAAUCAAGGAAUUAGGUCGUACACGAAUGGAAGUGAAUGUUAAGGUUAAGAGCGUGUUUGGUGCGAAAAUGUUUGCUCUUGGAGUUGUCAUUAAAAUUCCGGUGCCAAAGCAAACUGCAAAAGCAAGCUUCCAGGUGACAUCAGGGAGAGCAAAGUACAAUCCAUCCAUUGACAGUUUGGUCUGGAAGAUUAGAAAAUUUCCUGGUCAAACUGAGUCAACAUUGAGUGCUGAAGUGGAGUUGAUUUCAACAAUAGCAGAGAAGAAGUCCUGGACUAGGCCACCAAUUCAGAUGGAAUUCCAGGUUCCCAUGUUUACAGCGUCUGGAUUGCGAGUACGUUUCCUCAAGGUAUGGGAAAAGAGUGGUUACAACACAGUUGAAUGGGUUCGCUAUAUCACAAAAGCUGGCUCUUAUGAGAUUAGGUGCUGAAUAAAAUAGGUAAGCUGAUCUAGUUUAAAGGAUCAGAAUUAUGGAAGUCCAAGAUAUAGUGGCACCAUUUUGCUAUGCUGGAAAUGCAACUUAUGCAUCUAUUAUGAGGGCUUUUAAACACGGUUUGUCUAUAGUAUAUUUGGUGUUUGAAAUUUAUUAUUUUGUUGUACAGGUUAGUUCUUUACGAGGACUAAGAAAAGGUUUCAUUUCCAUUCUAUUUGUAUAUUUGACAUAUGCUCCCUUAAGAAAAUAUUUCUUUUCCUCUUUUGAUCAAUGGAGUGAUGAAAACCAUCGGAGAUAGGUAAUUUCUUUA